AUGGAGUUCCCUGAGGCGUCCAUCUUCCCGCUCCUCAAGGACAAAGUCGCCAUCGUAACCGGCGGCGCCCAGGGGAUGGGCAAAGCUACAGCAUCCGUGUUCCUGCGCGCGGGCGCAAAGGUCGUCAUUGCCGACAUCAAAGCUGAGCAGGGCGAGCAGGUUGCGUCUGAGCUCUCAUCGCUCGGCGAAGUGCGCUUCGUCAAGACAGACAUCUCCAAGUCAGAAGAUGUCCAGAACCUGGUUGCCCAGACUGUAGGCUUCUUUGGCCGAUUAGAUGUAGCGAUCAACAAUGCCGCCAUGACUCCCGAUAAGACGGUGCUCAUUGAGACAGACGAGGAAUAUUGGCGCCGCCUGGUGGACGUCAACCUGACGGGGACGGCGCUCUGCUGCAAAUACGAGAUGCAGCAGAUGCGCAAGCAGGGUUCCAAGGGGUCUAUUGUCAACAUUACCUCGAUCAAUGCGUUUAUGCCGCAGCCAAAUAUGCCCGCUUAUACAAGCACAAAGCAUGCACUGCUGGGGCUGACCAAACAUGCGGCCACGGAGGGAGGACCCCUGGGGAUCAGGGUGAAUGCUGUUGCUCCCGGUGCCAUCUUUAGCGAGAUGUCCGCCAAAGCACUCGAGAUUAUGGGCACGACACACGAUGAAUUUGCACCGAAAGUUAGCAGUCUGAACCGAUUCGGCCAGCCUCACGAGGUUGCGCAGGCAAGUCUGUGGCUUGCGUCGGACAGCUCGUCUCUUUCAAAUGGCCUCCCGGUUCCUCGGACCUACGAGGGCAAGCUUGCCCUCGUAACUGGGUCCGCGCGGAGUACGUCGUCUCUACGCACCCUGGUAUUUGCUUUCUUACUCAACCAAUGGCUCACUCAACCAGGUAUCGGCGCCUGUAUCGUCCGCAAUCUAGCCAGCAAAGGCUGCAACGUGAUCAUGAACUAUGCGACGACCUCCUCCGACAAAGCUGCGGAAUGGCUCGCCCAAGAACUCACCGAAACACAGCACAUCCGCGCCCUCCCUAUCCGUGCCGACAUCUCUAAGGAAGAGGAAUGCGAGCGGCUCAUAUCCACCGCGAAAGAGUUCUUUACCGGUGACGGUGAGAGCAGAUUCCAUAUUGAUAUCCUCGUACACAACGCCGCCAUCCUGUUCCUCGGCCCGCUCGAGUCCGUGGACCCGGUCGAGUUCCAUCGCAUCUACGAAGUCAACGUCCUCGGUUCGAUUCUGCUGACAGCCGUCUGCAAGCCGUACCUGCCUACCGACCGGUCGGGACGCAUUGUCAUGCUCUCGAGUAUAAACUCCAAGGUCGGAGCGGAGAACACGACGCUUUAUUCCGGGACCAAGGGCACUAUUGAAGCUAUGACCCGGGUGUGGUGCCGAGAACUCGCAGAUCGUACCACUGUCAACGCCAUCAACCCCGGCCUCGCCAUGACGGAUAUGUACCUCUCCGCGCCAGAUGAAGUCAAAGUGGAUCUGGCAAAGUGGAAUCCGUUGACCCCGUUGGUUCCCGUCCGGGAGACCGACAGCGAGGAGGUCAAAAAGCUGGGCGAGAAGUUCGGCGGACGAGCAGCCUACGCGGAGGAGAUAGCGGGGUUUGUCGCGACAAUCUGUAACCCAGAGUUUGGCUGGUGUACUGGCAGUAUUAUCUCUGCUAAAGAGGGUUUGUCCUUCAGUAUCUAA